AUGCUCAAGCUUUUAGUUUUGCUCGCAUUACCAACUAUCGCUUACUCCGCAGUUCAAUGUUACGUUGGACAGAAGCUUUUCUCUUACGAGUCAACAAAUGCAAUCUGCGCCAAAUUCGUUCCAUACACGUGCGCUGUUCAAUGCGAAUGGAGAAGACAAUGCAAUGAGCAUAGCGCUUUCUCAGCAUUCCGUGGAAGAAGAACAUUUGUCUCUGGACUUUUGCUCAACUCCAAAUCACUUAUGGUCCUAUGCUGCGCUUCAAUGGCAACUAGAGUUGAAACCGAUAACAAUGGUCGCGAAAAGUGCAUUUGGCGAGACACUGAAUCAAUCUCAGUGUUGGGUCCAUCCAUCAGAACCAACCCAGUUCUUGCUCCAAACCACUACAUUCGCGAUAUUAAAAUGGAACGCGAUGGAAGCUCGCGAGUUGAUGUCACCGUGGAAGUUUGCCAAUACACAACUGAACGCGAGCAUUGCAAAAUUGAGGAUAUGAAUGAAGUCGAGAAGAAACGAUUCAGAGUAAUUCAAUCAAAACUUGAUAAAUCUUUGAAAGCCGCUGCCAACACGACGCCUUCGACAGUUGAGCAAAAGCCUGACAGCGAGUUCCUCAACAAGAACUGA